CUUUAUCAAGACUCAGUAGUAUUCGGGGCUCUACUAUUCUGUCUGCCGUAUGUUCGAAACCUCGCGGAAGUACUGACGUGUUCACACCAGUUUGCACGAGAAGUGGCUAGUUUAGCUAGCUAGGUAGAGCCGGGUAGUGACACAGCGGCCGUAUCAGAAUGUCAGAAGGGGACAGUGUUGGGGAGUCAAUCCAUGGGAAACCAUCUGUAGUCGGUGCCUUUUUCACACGGGUUGGACAGAUCUAUCAGUCAUGGCUGGACAAGUCAACGCCAUUCUAUGCAGUGCGAUGGGCAACUACUCUACUACUUACUGCUGUCUACAUGAUCAGAGUGUACAUACUACAGGGUUGGUAUAUAGUAACAUAUGCUUUGGGAAUCUACCAUCUCAACCUGUUCAUUGCUUUUCUAUCGCCAAAAGUGGAUCCUUCACUGCUUGACGAAGAUGAGGGCCCAUCCCUUCCUACCAAGCAGAACGAGGAGUUCCGCCCUUUCAUCAGGAGGUUGCCUGAAUUCAAAUUCUGGCAUUCGGCGACAAAAGGCAUCGUCAUCGCCAUGAUUUGCACAUUUUUUGAUGCCUUCAAUGUGCCAGUGUUCUGGCCUAUACUUGUAAUGUACUUCAUCAUGCUCUUCUGCAUCACCAUGAAGAGGCAGAUCAAGCACAUGGUCAAGUACAGAUACCUACCCUUCACACAUGGGAAGAGGACAUACAAAGGCAAGGACGACACAGGGAAAACUUUUGCUAGUUAAAAACUCCCACUUACCCUUCCCCUCCUUCUCAUUUGAAAUGUAUCGGUCACAGCUAGUGGGGAGUGACCAGGGUUAGAGAGUUAUUUUCUUUUUUUGUAAGUGGGACAGUAACAUCAAAACAUAAUAUGAAAAAUCUGAGUUUUGAUCCGUGGUUACAGUGUUGGAUGAGGAUAUGAGCAGCAUGGAUCAAAUUAGUCUGGGAAUAUUGCCUUUGUCCAUUAUGGGUAGCAUUCUUUCUUUUUCUUUUUCUUUUUUUUUUUUUUUUUGAGGACCACGAUCCUCAUUUUAGGAUUGAUCUGCAUUUGUUUAGUAGUAGGUGAGACUCAGUGCUGCCUUUUGCCUUUUUAAGCCCAUGGGGUAAGUAUAAAGUCAUCAAGAAGGAACCACACUGAAAAAACUUGCAGUGAAAUUUGUGUUGUUGUUUUUUUUUUGUUUUUUUUUCUUCAAUGAUGACGAUUUCAGUACAUCUCCUGCACCCAAGUGAAAUAAAUCUGCCAACUUUUGAUUAAUAUAUUGGUACCUACUUAUUUGUAACAAGUUAUACACUGAAAGUUAGUAGUGUUAGUAUCAAAAUAACAUGAUUAGAUGUGUAAGAUGAAAUGUGAAGGAAAUGCAACAGUCUUCAAGUUGAAUCAUUUCAUAUUUUGUGAUAAGUGUGCAGCUGCUCUGGCUUACAAAUGUCUCAGUCAUCUGUCCUCUGUACUAAAUGCAGACACUGGCGAAAUUAGUCACAUUUCACUUGAAUAUGCAUUUAUGACAAAAAACACCUAUCAUAAUUCAUCUCUUGAUUCAGCACAAAUCAUUUUCGAUUUAUGUUUAUCUUGAAUUGGCAACUGAAUCUCUGUGUUACCCGAUUCUCAUUAGCAUAGCCAGUGGAGCAAGCAUCAAUGUGGAUGAUUAUCAGUGACUUCACUUGAAUCUUCAGCCACCUACCACAUCAUUGAAUGCAUAAUUCAAAGCGAGUGUCACUAACCCCAACCCAUUUAGUCUCCUGUAGCCUGUAGUCUACCUUUGAAUCAGUUCUUUCUACUUUUGCGUCUUUUGUAAAGUUUAACAGAUGGGAAACUGUGUCGUUGACCACCCCUAAAAAACAAUUUCUUCAAUUAUUUUAAGGGGCAUUUAGCUUGCAAUGGCAAGUCAAUUAAUUUGCUUUACCUCAGAUUCUUAAAUUAUUAUGUGGAUAAUUGUUCAAAAUAUACUGUCUUCGAAGUGCAGAACCAGUAUUCAAGUCCAAUUUGUAAUAAAGUCUAAUCUGAGAUAAUAGUCAAGCAAUCACACGUUUACCCCGACGACCUUUUCUCUUUGAAACAUUUACCCAUCUGUGUUUCAAAGCACGGGGUCCAUUCGAUUUGUGUAGACUAGCUGUUGUAGUCCUUCAUAAUCUGUGUUUACUUUGAAAAAAGUUAUGGUAACUAUAGUCAUUCCAAGCAAACUUUUGUUCUCUUUCUUUUGCAGAGGAAACAUAAGAAAACAGAGAUUGAGAGCUUUUAUUAUAACAAAUGGAUGAAGUGGGUGGCGAUCACACUUUAUUUUCUAUAAAACUGUCAAUUUGUUUCUCCAUUUUUAUCAGAAUGCUGGGGAUUAUCUGUCAUUACUAAACUUUAAUCAGCACUGUAGUAAGGGAUCAAAACAUUUUCCUGUAAAAAGUUUGUGUUUCAAAGGGUUGUCUGGAGGAUUUGUAUAUAUAUAUAUUUUAAAAUAUGACAUUUUUUUGAGAUUAUUUUUAUUUUUGUUUUUUCUUCCAACCACCAUACUUUUUUCCAAGUGUUUAAGUCCAUUUCAGUUGAAAUUGAUGAAAGCAUAACUGGUUAAUUGGGUUCUAGAUUUGAUGAAUUAAAUAUGUUUCUCAUGAAUCGCAUGUUAUUGUUUUCUUGUGCUAUAGUUAUAAACAAAAACUUGAUUUUAAUAACUUAAGUGUAAUUUUUUCACUCCAAAUGCUAUUAAAGAGGCUGUGUCCCUUCAAACAGUA